AUGGAGUGGGAGCUCAACUUCCUGCUCUACCUGGCGCUCUUCUUCUUCCUGCUCUUCCUGCUCUUCCUCCUGCUCUUCCUGCUCAUCAAGCAGCUGAUGAACUCGGCGGCCAGCACGGCCGGGGCGCUGCAGCCCGGGCGCCUCUCGCUGCGGGAGCCUUGGGGCAUCCCCCGCGAGCAGGAAAUGUGA